AUGUGCCUUCUCCUGCAGCACCUGGCCGCGCCACGCCCCCCCAGUCGUCAAGGCGGCGGUUCUCGCCCACGUCGGUCGGCGUCGCAGAACAAACAGCGGCAGCCGUCAGACACGGGGGACAAAAUGGUCCACAUCAAUUGUGCGGCCUCACUGACUCAUAGGCGUCCGGUUUGUAAUCACGCAGCUGCUGUACCGUGCCUCUGCGAUAUUCUCUCACAGGAGCCCGUGAUCAACGCGGCCGCUGGCACCCGACACGCUGUCCAGCAGGCUCAGUACGUCUCGGUGGGCGUCACCGUGCGGUGGCCGCGACGGACGCCCAACGACAGGCGGGGCGUUCUCGUAGUUGCCAGCGACGCGUUCCUGCCGCAGCUGUGCGGGCACACGGUACGACGAUGA